AUACGAUCACGCACUCAGAAUCGAAGACUUUGAAUCACGCAUUUGAUCAUGUCUACGACGGCUGUUUACUGUGCCCCACCUAACCCGAGGAAGCGGGCUUCGGUAGCUUGUAACGGAUGCCGGGUCAAGAGAACAAAGUGCGAUGGAAGUCAGCCAAGAUGUAGCGCAUGCUACGAUCGUCAACAGAACUGCGAAUAUACCCAAGCUGAAAGCAAUCGAAAACGGCAUACCAAUGCAUAUAUCAACGCGUUGGAAGCACGUGUCGCAAGCUUGGAGAAGCAACUCGCCCAGCGAAAUGGUGAUGUUGGGACACCAGAUUCUGCCAAGAACAGCAGCAGCUGUGACCAUGAAGAAGUCGCUUUUGUGACUACCACCCAAGCUGCUCAGCCAGCCCUCAACAGCGCCACCAGCGAAGAAGAGAUAGAUGAUCUCGCAAAUGCUCUUGGCUGCUUUACUUUGGGCGAGAUUGGAGAGCUGCGCUAUUUCGGCGCAUCGAGCAACUUUUCCAUCAUCCACAAUCACGCUAUCAAGGUACCAUCCUCGAUCCAAGCUAGGAAUCGGGGCAUAGAAGCCGCAAAUAACAUGCCAGACUUCAUCACACCCUCCGAUGAGCUACGAGAUCACCUACUGGAGAUUUUCUGGCGAUGGCAGAACUCUUGGCAGUAUAUCGUCCCAAGAGAGCUAUUUGUCCGCGACUUAUACGUUGAGAAGAAUGGGCGAUACUGUACACCUUUGCUCAUGGCGGCGAUUCUAGCGAUGUCAUCGCGGUACUCUCCAAGACUGGAGCUUCGAACAGACCCUGAUGACGCCAAUACGGCUGGUGAAGCAUUUGCGGCUCAGGCAAAGACUAUGCUUCAUUACGAGUGUGAAGCGCCCACAACAUCUACGGUUCAAGCAACAGCGCUUUUGGGCCUGUACUGGGCGACUAUCGACAAUGAAGGUCUCGGAUUCAUGUACAUCGUAUCGGAUGAUGAUGUCGAAGCGAGAAACGUUACGUUUUGGGGCGUCUAUGUCCUAGACAAGUUCUACUGCCUUGGCAUGGGCCGGCCUGCGAGUAUCCAAGAGUACAACAUCACAACGACCAAACCGAAAGGACUCGUCCAACACAGCCCGUUGCUAUCUGACUACCAACUCGAGAUAUCAACACCAUUUCCGACAAGUCAUAUUAUGGAGAACUCUAUGUACACUUGUGAGCUUUUGAUCGCUACCUCGGAAGUUAUCGAUCAGCUAUAUGCCCAGAGAUAUGCAUGGACAGACAAAGAAAGAGAGGAUCGAGUUAUGAAAGCUCAUCUACAAGCUGUCGGGCUCUUUGACCGGCUGCCGAAAAGCCUGAAGAUCUCAAGUUCCAGUCUUCAGUGUUCGCCGCCAUACGUCUAUCAGUUCCAACCAUUCUUUCAACUUCUCAACCCUGGCAAGAGCUCUAUUGCCUAUGACCCAGAAGGAGGGGAUAUUCACUCCAAGUCUUGCAGAGAUUCAGCUGUCAGGAUGGCUAGAAUCCUACAGAUCUUCAGGAAGAACUACACGACGCGGUGUAUGCCUGUCUCAGCAGUCCACCCAGCCUUCACUGCAGCAAUCAUCCAUCUUCUUCACAUUAAGUCAACAGGAAAUAACGGCAGAAGUGAGGCAAUGAGAUGCCUUUACAUAUGCGUUAAAUCUCUCUACGAGAUGAAUGUGAACUGGAAUUGGGCUAACCGGUCUAUUCGAGCGAUCUUGUCGCUGGCUAGGGAAUGGGAUAUUGACAUUUGGGCGCAUGGUCUCUCACAAGAGAUCAAUGAAGAGAGUAGGCGACAAUUUGAACGGUAUGAAAUGGACGAUUUGGUGGUUUUCCCUGAUCAGGGUUCGGAGAGUAGCUUUGAGCAUGUUUUUUCGCUGGACGAUAUCUUUGAGUCUUGGACGUACGAUCAGUGUUUUGGGGAGUCAUCUCUGGACUUUUUUGUUUAG